UUCCGUACAUCCGGUUUAGUUCAUUGCAUUAAGAGCUGGGGCGAGCUCGACAAGUUAAGUGUAACACCCUGUCGUUUUAAAAGCAAAUACCUUUACAAAUCAUUUUCGAAAGCAUGGCAGAGAGUGACUGGGAUACAGUGACUGUUUUGAGGAAGAAAGGGUCCGCUGCGCAGUCAAAGUCUAAACAGGCUAUAACAGCUGCCCAGAGGAAGGGCGAGGAUGUUGAAACAUCUAAGAAAUGGGCUGCUGGGCAGAAUAAACAGCAUGUUAUAACCAAGAAUACAGCAAAGCUGGAUAGAGAGACAGAGGAGCUCAGCCACCAGAGAGUUCCGCUUGAAGUGGGUAAGGUUAUUCAGCAGGGCCGGCAAAAUAAGGGCCUCACCCAGAAAGAUCUGGCCACUAAAAUUAAUGAGAAGCCACAAAUCAUAGCUGAGUAUGAAUGUGGGAAGGCUAUCCCCAACAAUCAAGUCAUGGGGAAGAUUGAACGAGCCAUUGGCCUAAAGUUGCGUGGAAAGGAAAUUGGGCAGCCCCUUGAUGCUGGUCCUAAGAAGAAAUGAAUACAAAAUCCUCAAAAUCCACCAUCCACAGAAACUAGUUCUUGUCCCAAUAAUCGUUACAGUCAAUUUUAAUUAACUGCUGCAUUACUUUUAUAUUUUCUCAACUCAAUGGUGGACCAGGCAUCCUCAUCUUGCCACAUACAAAAGAGGCUUAUUAUCUUACGUUUUAUGUCAGAUGAAGAACUUCAUUCUUUUAUUUAGCUUUCUCACUGCUUUGAAAUAAAAAAAUAUUUAUAUCUCUGAA